CGCCCGCUGGCAUGGCGUUCCCUUCUUUCGUCCCCUCGAAACCUUCUCUCCCCUUCUCUUCCUGUCCCUCUCCUCUCCUGUUCUCCCCUUCUUUCCUUCCUAGCUUCCAAGCCAAGGGGAGAUUCUUUCCCUCGCGCUUCGAUCUCCACAGACUCGAUGCCUACCUCUCGCCCCAAACCCUCCAAAACCCUAGCGAAGAAUCCCCGGAAGCCGAUUCCCAGUCCCCAGGCGUCGAGAUCAAGAAGAAGAAGAAAAAGAGGAAGCCCCGGCCUAAUUUCUACGUCCAGACUAUGGAGCGGUGGUCCCUGAAGAUCUCCUCUGAGAGGUCAAGAUUUCCGUGGCAAGAGCUGGCGGCAGAAGAGAAGAAGGAUGCGCUCCAGUCUCUAAUUGCUGCUCCUCGUUCCCCCUUUCGUGUAGAGAACGAAUGCCUGCCUUCGGAAGGGGCUAAUUAUGGGCAUGCCCAGUUGGAUUCAAGAGCUAAGGGCCGGAAGCCGGUGGAAAAUCUUGUGUUUGAUGGAGAGAAAGGGAAGAGUAGGUUAGAUUUGAUAGUUGAGAAGCUGAAUAGUUCUUUGGGUGAUGAAAGUUCCGAUUUGGAAUCGCCACCUACUAGGUCUGGUGUUGACGAGAGAUCGAAUUCUGACGGCACGACUUUCAGUGUAGCCCAGCCUGGAAAUGGAAGCAACCCAAUCUCCCGACGUGUCGGCAUUCCUUUGGAAAGUCUGCCGGUUUUGGCUUCUCAGGUACGUGGAGCAAAACUUCGACAAGCCCCUGGGGAUUUUGAACCUAAAACCCAGACAUCAGUGAAAAAUUUCAAUUUUAAUAGAGAGGAUGAUGAAAAGCUGAAUGGUUCUUUGGAUAAUAAAGGGUCUGAUUUUUUAACUGUUGGAUCACUGUCUACCAGUUGUGAUGAUGAGGAGAGGUUGAGCUCUGAGGUUACUGCUUGGAAUUCAGCUCUGAUUGUAGAUGGAAACCAUCCAUUCUCCGGGCCUGCAGGCAUUCCUCUUGGAAGUCAGCCAGUGUUGGCUCCUCAGGUCCAUGGGGCAAGACCUAGACAAACCAAUUUGGACUCCAAAGCUAAGAACCAGACGUCACUGGAGGAUUCUGAGUUUGAUGGCGAGGAGGAGCCCAGAGCUGGUUUGCUGGAUGAGCAGAUAGCUGACUCUUCAAACCAAGAUAACUGCAAUUUAAGUCAGGAUAAUGUUUUAGUUAACUCUAAUGAUGAAGACACGCCGAAUUGCAUUAAGCAGCACUCUCUAACUAAUAAAGCGUUAGCUGUUCCUUUAGGAAAUGUUGCAGCCGAUACUGUUAAACAACAUGUAAAUCAGGUUCCAUUGCAAAGGCUUGAGUUUGAUGCAGUGAGUGGAAAGAGCAAUGUCAGUGCAAUACUUGAAAAGCUUAAGAGUUCUAUGGAUCAAGAUAGCUCCAGCAUAGAUUCAAACAUUUCUUGUGGUGUAUCUGAUGACGAACGUGGGUCUAAUACUGACUAUUAUAUUGCCAAUUUAAUGGGUCCGGUAUCAUUCCCAUGGGAGCGAGAUGGUGGUUCUAGAGAUAGAGAGCAGUUGCAUAGGAAGAGCAACACCGAACUGGCAGAAAGGACCAUCCCAGAGCCUGAGCUACGGAGGCUUAGAGAUGCUGCAUUAAGGAUGAAAGAGAGGAUGAAGGUUGGACCAGCAGGGGUUACUGAGGCUGUUGUGCAAAGCAUUCAUGAGAAGUGGAAGGAAAAUGAGGUGGUCAAAUUGAGGUUUGAAGGCCCGCCGAGCCUGUGCAUGAAGAGGACACAUGAGGUCUUGGAGAGGAAAACUGGAGGUCUGGUGAUUUGGAGGUCUGGAAGAUCCCUUGUGUUAUACCGGGGAAUGACCUAUGAACUUCCUUGUGUGCAGUCAUAUUCAAAACUUGUUAAUACUAAAUCUGAUUCCAAUUUGAUGACUUCAUCUGCAAAUCCAUCUGAAGGAUCUAUAGAUACAUCUGAUAUUGACAAUCUGUUAGAUCAGUUGGGACCACGAUUUAAAGAUUGGUCUGGCCGCAACCCACUUCCUGUUGAUGCUGACUUGCUUCCUGGUGUAGUUCCUGGUUACAAACCACCAUUUAGACUUCUUCCUUACAAGACCAGAAGUUCUCUGAGAGAGGGGGAAAUGACAUUUCUUCGUCGGCUUGCUAGAAAAAUGCCUCCUCAUUUUGCUCUAGGACGAAACAGGCAACACCAAGGGUUAGCUACUGCCGUGGUCAAAUUAUGGGAGAAAAGUGCUAUCGCAAAGAUAGCCAUCAAGCGUGGUGUACCAAAUACAUGUAAUGAUAGGAUGGCCGAAGAAAUCAAGAAAUUGACAGGGGGAAUACUUCUUUCGAGGAACAAGGAGUAUAUUGUCUUCUAUAGGGGAAAUGACUUUUUGACACCUUCAGUUAGGGAUGUGCUGGUAAAAAAAGAGAAGCUAGCUGCUAUUCAGCAGGAUGACGAAGAAGUAGCUCGGAUAAGGGCAUCAUCAAUUGUUUCCAAUGCAAAAAGUAAUAAGGCUCCAUUGGUCGCUGGUACUCUUGCAGAAACGUUGGAAGCAAAAACUCGCUGGGGAAACCCACUAAGCAGCGAGCAUAGAGAAAAGAUGAGGAAGGAUUUAGAUUUAGCUAAGCAUGCAUCUCUUAUUAGAUACCUUCAGAGAAAGCUAUUUUUUGCAAAAGCAAGAGUCAGGAAGGCAGAGGAGGCUCAGGCCAAGGUGCAGGAGUUUCUGAAGCCAGCAGGGCUCCCAACUGAUUUAGAAACUGUUACCGAUGAGGAGCGGUUCUUGUUUCGCAAAAUUGGCCUUAAAAUGAGAUCUUAUUUCCCUCUUGGGAGACGGGGAGUUUUUGAUGGAACUAUAGAAAAUAUGCACUUAAGUUGGAAGUAUAGAGAACUAGUUAAAAUUUUUGUGAAGGGAAAAACCUUUGCACAAGUAAAGCACAUUGCAAUCUCUCUGGAGGCAGAGAGUGGCGGAGUAUUGAUUUCACUUGAUAAAACUACAAAAGGUUAUGCAAUCAUCAUCUACCGUGGUAAGAACUAUCAGCGCCCUCUAACUUUGAGGCCCAAGAAUUUGUUGACAAGGAGGCAGGCAUUAGCACGCUCUAUAGAACUCCAGAGACGUGAGGCAUUGAGCCAUCAUAUUUCAAAUCUUCAGGACAGAAUUCAGAUUCUAAAAUCUCAACUAGAUCAAAUGAAAUCUGAAAAGGAUUCAGGCGGUAACGAACUAGACUUGCAGCUUAACGAUGCUGUAUUUUCUGAUGAUGAUGAUGUGGAGGAUGAAGGUGAAGAGGCUUAUCUUGAAACGUAUCGUAGUGAUGAUGAGGAUAAUGCUGCUGCUUCUGCAGAGGGGCUGUAACUUCCAAAAGGAACAUUUAUCAGAUACUCCCAAGUUGGUGCCAAGUCAUAUGCUAUCAGGGGGCUACCACAUGAUGCACGCCAUUUGAUCAUUUGAGCAACCAUUGAAUACAAUAAAAUCCCAUAUGUUAAGUAGCUUGUCUUGCCAAUUCAUGGGGUAACCGUUAGUAUUCUCGGACCCGGAAUGGCGAAAUGCCAUCAUUCUGAAGUUUAGGGUCGGGUCUCUUAGCAGAAUCAUCAAUAUCCUCCUAUCUUUAGCUCUGCCCAUUCUGUUGUAAAGUAUGCUAUAUUUCUUUGUUCUAGUAAUUUUCCAUUCUGUUGUGAGUAUUCUCGAAUCCAAUAGCAUUUUCAGCCCACUCAUCUAAAUAGGCCAUAAUUUAUUUUAUUUUCCUGCAGCAAAUGUCCAUAGCCUCACCUACAGUGUCCUUGUCCUCUACUUCCUUCGGGACUUAUUUAUUUUUUCCAUUUUAGAUAAAUAAAUUCAGCAUUAUUUUAAUUC